AUGCCAGCGCGCUCUCUUCGCCUGCAGGAUGAGAACCCACCCGUCUGUGUUAGAAAAACACUGAACUUUGACCCUCUGCUGACAGUCUCCUGGGUCCCACCUCACCAGGAGGAGAUCCCGGAGGAGGAGGCCGGGAGACGGAUGUCUGAGCUUCUCUGGACGGACGGAGAUGUAAAAGACACUGAAACACCAUCUUCAUACGCCACAGCUCCAGUGGAAGUCCUCUUGUUUCUCAUCAUCAUCAUCAUGGAGUCAUCAUCGAUGCUGCUCUUCAUCCUUCUCUGGACUGUCAGAAGGAGUGAGGUUCAAGAUCUGUCAGGGAAACAGUUCACAUUUCCCAGCGACCCCAAAGGCAUAAACCAGCCCCGCGUUGCUCUUCGUGCUAACACCCGCUUGAUCACUGUCAUGACUGUAUGCCUUCGCUUCUUCUCCCAGCUGAACCGGAUGCAGGGACUCUUCUCUUUGGCCACCCGAGACCACUCAAAUGCUCUGAUGCUACACAAAGACACUGAGGGGUCCUACAAGGUCCACGCGGGCGACGACACCUACAUCUUCACAAAGAUACCCACCAACAGGAUGGACUGGAACUCGGUCUGUUGGACCUGGGACUCUCGGACCGGGCUGACCCAGCUCUGGCUGAACAGACUUCGAACCUCACGGAAGUUGGUGGGACAGAACUAUCUGGUCAAUGGUAAUCUGAGCAUCAUUGUCGGUCAGGAGCAGGAUGCAUACGGAAGUGGGUUCGACAGGAAUGACUCGUUUGAAGGUGACAUUACUGACCUGCACAUGUGGGACCGGGUGGUGUCUGCGUGCGACCUCAGGUCCUACAUGAAUCAGGGCUCCUUCUCUCCGGGAAACCUCCUCAACUGGAACAACUUGAACUUUGAUGUGUCAGGGAACGUCUCCAUCCAGGAUGCAGAUUUUGAGGAACCAGUCUGUCAGUAA